AUGGCGGAUCAAGAGGAGGACUUUAGCUCCUUGCCGCUUCCUGACCGAUUUACUCAUAAGGUUUGGAAGGUAAGGAAAGCAGCAUACGAAGAUGCUGCCAAACAGUUUUCUGCUUCACCGGACGAGGCCGAUCCGUGCUUUCGGCCAUUCCUCACCGAUCCCAAUCUCUGGAAGUCUGCUGUCACCGACUCCAAUGUCGCCGCACAACAAGAGGCUAUUAUUGCUUUGUGUGCAUUCCUGAAAUUCGGCGGACGCGAUUGCGCUCUGCGGACCCGCGGCCUAACAAUCACACCGAUGGUUGAGAAAUGCCUAUCGUCGACGAGAGCAGCUACCAAGCAAAACGCGCAAGAGGCUUUGCUUCUUUACAUCGAGCUCGACGCCGCCGGCCCGGUGGUUGAAGACGUUUUACCUGGCCUAGCCAACAAGGUCCCCAAGAAUGUGGCUGCUACACUCAACGCAUUAACAGCCAUAAUCCACAAUUAUGGAUGCAAAUUAGUUGACCCCAAGCCGGUGCUGAAGGCUUUACCAAAAGUAUUUGGUGCAGCUGACAAGAAUGUCCGUGCUGAGGCGACCAACCUUGCCGUGGAACUUUACAGAUGGUUGCGCGAAGCCAUGAAGCCCAUGUUCUGGGGUGACCUCAAGCCAACCCAACAGACUGACCUUGAGGCUCAAUUCGAGAAGAUCAAGGCCGAGCCGCCACCGAAACAAGAGCGACUGCUUCGAUCCCAACAAGCUGCCGCAGAGUCCGGCCCAGCUGGUACAGAUGAUGGCGAGGACGGAGUAGAGGAUGAGGAGGAAGCAGCCGAGGUCGAUACGUUUUCGCUUGCUGAGCCCGAGGAUAUCACGAAAAAGAUCCCCGCCAACUUUACCGAUAUGCUCGCAUCCUCAAAGUGGAAGGAUAGAAAAGAAGCCGUUGAGGCCUUAUAUCAGGCAUUAAACGUUCCCCGCAUCAAAGACAGCGAUUUCGGCGAAGUUAAUCGAGGCCUCGCCAAGUGCAUGAAGGACGCUAAUGUUGCGGUUGUUACACAAGCGGCGCAGUGUAUCGAGCAGCUGGCCAGAGGACUGCGACAAAGCUAUGGCAAGUACCGAGCGGUUGUUAUGCAACCUAUUAUGGAUCGUUUGAAAGAAAAGAAGGCGACGGUUUCAGAUGCCCUGGGAGCUGCCCUGGACGCUGUUUUUGUCUCGACAAGCUUAACUGAUUGUCUUGAAGAUAUUACUGCCUAUCUAAGCAACAAGAAUCCACAAGUCAAAGAGGGUACUAUGAAAUUUUUGAUCCGGUGCCUACGGACUACCAGAGCAGUUCCUGCCAAGCCUGAGAUUGCCACCAUUUGCGAAUCUGGCAAGAAGUUGCUUUCAGAAGGCAGCCCAGCGCUCCGAGAUGGCGGUGCUGAGAUUCUUGGAACAGUGAUGAAGAUUAUCGGCGAACGAGCCAUGACUCCAUAUCUGGACGGCCUUGACGAUAUUCGAAAGACCAAGGUUAAAGAAUUCUUCGAAACGGCCGAAGUCAAGGCCAAGGAAAAGCCCAAGCCCACACCGGCAGCGAAAGCCCCCCCUCCUUCGGCAAAGAAAGCACUUGGUGCAAAGAGGCAGCCUGUUAAGAAAGCCGGUGCUCCCGUUAUGCCCGCAGAGACUCCUUCUGCGGUAGCACCAGCGGCACCCAAGCUCGCAGCCGCCGGCAGCAAACUAGGGGCCCCGAAGCCGUCAGGCUUAGCUGGGUUGAAGGCUCCCCAGAAACGGACGCUGGGGGGACCCGGAACUGCGUCUCCUCGGCGUCCGGCCACAGGCCCGCCUGUGAUGCCCCCAGAAGACGAACCUGCAGCGCCGCCUCCACAGCCCCGAGCUGGGUUGUCUCGGGGACUCGCUGGUCGCUCACUGGCGAAGCCAGCCGCAGCUCCAAUUAUGCCUACAGCCGAUUCUCCACCACCUUCAAGUAGUCUCACUGCUGUUGAGCGUGCGGAGUUAGAAGAGCUUCGGGCUGCCAACGAAAGACUGUCCCGCCAAGUCGACGAUAUGCGGCAAGAGCGGAAUAAGUUCAUGUCUGAGAUUCAAGAGUUGAAGAACCAGAAUGCUGGCCUCAUAGAAGAUCAUACUAGAGAUGUCCUCAGCAUCAAGGCCAAGGAAACACAGCUUGUUCGAGCCCGAAGCGACGCCGAGGCGACCGCGCAGGCCAAUGAAAGGCUACGACGAGAGCUAGAGCGCUUGAAGAGAGCACUGAGCCGGGCCGAGGGUUUGGGAGCACAAUCAGGUGUGGGAAGUCCAGUCACGUCACCGACGCUCGACGAUGUUGGUAUCUACCGCGAUCCAGGGUCUACGUCGACCAGCCGUAAUAGAAUGAGUUUUACGAGUACCAUGUCGGAGGAGAAGGAAAAUGGAGAGCUGGCGUACCCGAGGAGCAAGCUCAGCCCAGAACUUCGUCGUAGUGGAAGCGGAGCGUCCUCUGGGCGUGGUUCUCCAGCUAGGGGCUUUAGGAGUGCUGCAACUCCAACGUACGAGUCUCUCGAGCCAACCGCACCAGCAACUCGAGAUAGACCUGUUUCUGCAUUGCCACAGCCUACAAAUGGCGGCGGAGUUGAGAGCUGGAGACGUGCUGCUGAAGUUACGAGCCAACUGAAGGCCCGCAUCGAACAAAUGAAGGCUAAACAAGGCCUUACUCGACCCUAA